AUGCCCCACGUAUCAAAGGACACAUUUAAAGGCAUUCCAGUGCGGGACUACUGUCAGUACAAGAUUCCUUCACCAUUCGUCAAGGAUGAGUGGAAACUUGAGAAGGCAUUGAAGGCCAUUUUCGAUGGGGAUGGAACACCUCGCGACUACCAUGGCUGUGAGGUGGACAUGGUAGUGUAUCUCAUUUCGUCGUGGGAGUACAGGGACCUGCUACCACAACUUCAGGCAAUGGAAGAUUCUGGUAUUCGACAGGGUUCACUCAAGGACGCACAGAAAGAACAGAAAGCGGAAGCGAAAGCAGCGAAGGGUGCAAAGAGAAGAUAA